UGAAAUCGACGCUUAUUUUUGUGUAAAAUAUGCCACAAGUGGGCGUGUUAUAAAAGAGAUAAAAUUAGCGACACCAAUUAAUUAGUCGUUUAAUAAUAGGUCCUAAUAGAUGUUAAAUUUUUUUGACUUAUUGUAAGUGUGAAUGCUUCAGUUGAAACAUCAUCUAACGAUUAUAUUUGACCUACGUGGAAGAUGGAUGAAGGAACCAAAUUAUCGCAAUAUGCUAAAAACACUACAGACUCCUAUACACCGUUGAUGUACAAAUUAUUCACAGAUAGAGAACUUAUUCCCAUCUUUACUUUUCUUGGUUUCUCUACAAUAUUUGGAACGGUUGCAAACGGAAUCACAUUCAUGGUUAUACAUAAAAUGAAAAAGACGGCUUUCAAUAUAUUUAUAAUGAGUCUUUGUGUGUCGGACUUUCUUUCUUCAAUAAACAGUUCAUUUAUGACUUAUCGGUCAUUAAAAGGAUUUGACGAUUAUAGACUUCCUUUGGCAUUCUGUAAGCUCGGAAUAGCCGUGGAUUUUUGGACGUCAAUAUCAACAAUUCAACAUAUUUUGAUCUUCAGUUGUUUACGUUUUUAUUGCGUCAAAUUUCCCCAUCGAUACGGGAACGUGACAAUUAGCAAAUCGAAGUGCUUAAUUCUGACAGUGUGGGCAGAAACAAUGUUAGUAGGAUUUGUUGUUUACUUAUGUUGGCCUGGAUUCGAAUAUAUUGAUGACUCGAGUCCAGUUAGAUACAAAUGUGAUAUGACAGAAAUAUGGGCACCAACAAUGUUUUGGUACGCCAUGGUUGCGUUUCCUAUUCUAAUAUACGCACCGAUGAUCUUGAUUAUGUUUGUAUGUCUGGCUAUUGCAAUUGUGUUGAUACAUCGCAAAAGAAAAUUACGUCACAUUCGAAGUGUCAGAAACGAUUUCAGGAAAAGUGAAAAAUUCGCUUUAAUUCAACUCGCUUUGAUUGUUGUGUCAUUUUUACUCGGAUAUUCAGCAGAUGUGUCCUAUAGAGUUACAGCCAUUGCUUCUAUUCAACGAGGAAAACCACUUUUAGUCGAAACGGAAGUUGUAUUCAGUCUUGUCUCUCACUGCGUUUUACGAUUGUCAGAAUGUUUGAAUCCGAUAUUUUACAACUUUGCUUCGAGUGAACUUCGACAUGCUACUGUGAAUUUCCUGAAUGGAGGCUGUCGCAUGACAUCACAUACGUUUAACCGGAAUAUUGGCAUUCAAGCAAGAGCAUCAAGAAUCAAUAGCAUUUCAGUAUCAACGCCAUUGUAAUAUGAAACUUGAUAACGUUUAAAGUGUGCAAUUUUGCUAAUAUUAACAAAGAACUAGUCGUUAACUUUUACGAACACAAAAACUUGUUUCACUGGGCCUAUUAUUAACUGAGAAUAUAUGCUAAGUGUGCUACAACAAUGUCACCAGAAUAAAUUACCAUAAACAAUUGAUUUUAUUCGUUUUCGCAGUUUUGCGCUAUGGAAUUUAGUGUCAAUUCAUGUAUUCUAUGUCUAUUUAAAUGUCAAUUAAACUAGUCACCAAUUUUUUUGUUUGGAAUAUAAAUAGAAAGGUCUACAACACAGUAAGGUAUGUCGAAAUAUUCAGAAUAUGUUUUGAAGUGAGCCCUAUUGUAAAAAUAAUUUUUAUGCUUCCGAUUGUGACUUAUAGUAAGCGCCAAUUUAUCAUUCAUUUCGCCGCUAUUUAUAACUACGAUUUGCCUUCUUCGUGUUUGAUAUUUACGGUAAACAGACUUUUCGAACCUGACGAUUCGGCCCACACA